AUGUGCGAGCCUGCAAGUUGCCAAGAACAAGUUUCAAUAUGGCGUCCAAGGAAGUUUUGAUUUUUAAAAAGGGGCGUUAAUAGAGUCUACCUGAGAAGAACUGAUAAAUAUGUGGGAUUUGCGAUCCCCUUGGUCCCUUGCGGACUGGGGUCCUCCUAUUCCUGAGAAGGAUACAUCAUGUGCUCCUUUGUGUCAGCAUCCUCCAUGCUGGCAGUCCAACCUGAGGAAGUUAAAGGGAAUCCAAGACCUUCCACCCCAAAUCCCGCCAAAAGAAGAGAUAGAAACAGAUUUACCAACCUUAAAAGUAUGUAAUAUGUUGGAAGACUAUGGCGAUGAUCCAAAAGACCUAUAUCCUAUAAAGUUUGCAGGAAAACCUCAGCAUGAACGAUCCAAAGUCAAUAUUUUACCUCGUAACAAAUCCAGCAAAUCGAGUAUAAAAGUCCCAUCCCCACCGUUGCAGUCCCCUGUUAGUGAGAAGAAGAUAAAAAGUGCACCCCAGGGAAAACCUGUCCAGUUAGUAGAGGUCCAGGAAGUGUUUGAACUUGAGGAUCUUAACAGUUCCUGGGAUGACACAUUUCUCCCAAAGAAAUUCUACAUGUGGGUCCCCAAUCCCAAGAGGAAAAAGAAGCAUGAAGAAUCAGCUUCUAUUGGUGAACUGGCCAAGAGUGGACCCCAGAAAGUGCUGGUGCGAGACAUGACAGAAGACAUGAUCCCUCGCCAUAUUGAAUACGAGAACUCCACAAAGCCAUAUGAAGGGCCAGUGAUUAAGAUGAGAAGGAGGCUUAAUUCCCCUGCCUCCUCGCGCUACAGAACUCCGUAUUCUCGGUCCUCGGCUGGGUUACACACUGGACCUCACCUUUAUGGAGGAUCGGGCAUUGAGGAAUUGCUUGACCUUCCCCGCGAUAUACUAGUAAGGGUGCUGGACCAUGCCAGACAGAGUGAUUUUGCAUCUAGUCAGAAACUUCAUGAACUGAUCAGUAAAUUUGUUCCUAUCAUGGAUCGAGAGUCCACCAACAUGACAGCGAACAGCACAGACCUUCUGCAGCAGAAGAAAAUGAACAUCUACGAGGGCAAGGAGAAAAAACACAAAGAAUCCCAUCUCAUGGAAACGAAACCUGUGUACUAUCUGGACGAAGACGGAGUGGAACAGGAAGUCUUUCCUGACCCCAGAAUGUCACAAGGUCAAAGGUUGAAUGACAGUGAUUAUGGGUCAUAUCGAGAUCUGUACAUGAGUGGAACCAGGGAGUUUCCAAGACUUAAGAAACCACUGCCACCUAUUGGUGGAGGAGUGGAAGAUAAGGCGAAAAUUCCAUCAAUAUCUCUUGGCUUGCCUGAACUUCCUACUGGAGUGCGACAGACAAGGUCAUUUAACUAUUCCCGGAAAAAUUACAGAAACCUGGACCUCACCAUCGGUCCUGUUCCCACCCCUCCCACUAGCACUAGAACUGAAAACUCCACUGGUUCAGAUCACGGAACCACUGUCCACGUGAACCUCCCCUCAGCUGGUUCAGUCCAGGAUGGAAUCCAGCCUCAGUAUGCUGCAGAGAGAGCUGAAAUGGCAAACAAUUCUCGACCAACAACUUGUAAAACUGACCCUCAAGAUCUGAUAGAUGCAUUAGCUUUGCAGGUUAGCAAAAAGUUGCGGUAUAGAAUGUGGGCGAGUUUCCACAGCGCAUACUAUGGUCUCUACACGGAUUUCGAGUCUUCUAAAUCCGAGAGGUCUGCCUCCCGUACCCCUCUCCAUGCUGUCAGCCCCGCCCAGUCCACACGUGUGCCCCAGGCCCCUGCCACCACCCCUGCCACUCACGGUCAGAUGUCGCCAUUGAAGCUCUACCGUGAUCAGUCAGGCAUGUCUUCUAGCUCCAACAAGAAACCAAAAUCAGCUCCUUCACACCAGAACAUCUCCCGAGAAAAUGUUCAAUCUCCGACAGCGGAAAUCAGGGCCCCCACCAACUCCCCCCGAGCUCUCACCCCCGAACAAACAGGAAAGUACAGGAAGCUGCCGGGUCUAAUGACAAUUCAGGAAACAGGCCACGAGGAAGGGGAGGGGCCACACCCAGUGUCACGAGGUGGACGAAGUGUUCGGUUUGCUGAGGAAGUUCCUGAGAUUCCACCACCGCCAUCUUCUCCACAACUUCCAGAAGAUGCCGAGCAGCCGGAAAAAGAGAUUGAAAAUCAGACCCAAAAUGCUAGUGUUCCCGUCUCUCGGCAGACAGGUUUCACUAACCAACCAACGUUUAAUACAAUGGAAAAAGAACUUUCCCAAGAUGAUAUCCAAAUCAAGUCCGGGAAGAAACGCGAUUCCAUACUGUCAACCCCAGAGCCAUGGCCUCAGGUUAAUGAAGCCGAUUUUGAUGUUACCCCUGCACACACGAAAAUGACUCUGCAUGGAAGCGAGGCAAAAGUGAAUGAUUCGAGGUUAGCACACAUGGACCCCUAUUCCGACAGAUCUGCUGGUACUGGAAGUACGAUCCAUGGCGAUAUGAACAGUAGAGACUCCACACGGAGCUACAUGACACAUAAAGAGGAGUCUCCUGGACCACCCCCACCAUCACCCGAACCAAAGGACGCCAGAAAUGAUGAGGUGCGGUCAGCACGAAAGAGAGACACCAAAUCCCGCGAAUCCACCACGAUGACUCCGCUUAUGGAAGAAAAUGAUGAAGAAACAGUAACGCCUGAUGUGCAUGUAAGGACUUUGAUUAUUGAGGUGCCGCCAUUAGGACAAAGGGAACCGAAAGAGAAUUCAAAAGGUAAAACACGAACCACAGACACUUUUGUUAGUAUCGACAUUCCUGCACAGUCCAUGGUGGAGGAGGAAGCUACCAAUGGCAGUGGCAAGAGACAGCUGAUAAGUAAGGGAAGCAGGCAACUGGAACCGCCAUUGGAAGAAAAGGAAGAAGAAUCCACACCAGAUGGAGGAACCAUCAACACUCGGGAUCAGAAUUUGUCUGUUCAGAGCUCUUUGGGCGGUAGAAUGACGGCUGAUGGGGAUACAGACACAGAUGUGGGGUCCGCUGGAGUAGAUCCCUCGAUUGGCGGUAAUGUCUCGCCAUCCUCAACAGUGACAGGAAAUGAAAAAGUGACAAACACGGAUCUGAGAAACUUUAUAGAACAUCAGGCUGAAGAAACCGAGAGAAUUGAUGAAGACAAUGAGCUUAAGUCGAGUGAACGCCGGAAGGACUCGUCAGAAAUUAUGGAAUCUCGAGAUUCGCACCUACCAGACGGUGAGGAACACAAACCCGAACCAACACAGGCCACCACGAAAGAAGAAGGGGAGGAUCCAACAGAGGAGGGAGGGGAGAAUACAAAGGAGAGCUUACAAGAGAAUCAGAGUAAUGUGGAGGGAAAUCUCACCCAGAGGAGCGAGCAGGAGAUUACGGAGAAUGGAGGCGAUAAUGAAGCAUUUAAAUCUCUACUGGCGGAGGAACUGGCUCGUAUAGAGCAACAGGACUAGAUCUGUCUAGUGAUUGAUCCUGUGAUUUCAUGUCUGUGAUAAUGAUAGAAAUAUAUCUGUGAUAUGUGUCACAACAAUUAUUUUAAAUUCCUUAUAUUACAAAAAUUAUAGCAGAGCUGAUGCAGCUCGAUCGAGAGAGAGAGAGAGAGAGAGAGAGAGCCUUGAAAAUGAUUUUUUUUUUCAACCAAGAACAAAUCUAAAACAAUCAUAUUUUAUAUUCUUUAUUUUCUUUGAAAUACUUACAUACAUGUUUAUAUAUAUAUAUAUAUAUAUAUAUAUAUAUAUAUAUAAAUCUAUAAUUUGCUAAAAGAUGAUGCAUUCUCAAUUAGCUACCAAAGUCGGUAUUGCUCAAACUGUUUUCCCAUGAAUGCCUUUUUGUAACAUGUUGUUUGAAAUGCUAAUAUUUUUUUAAUGCCUCUUUGUAAUUUGUGUCCAAUGGCAAGCUGACAAUAUACAAUACACAAGUGUAGAGCAUUUAACUCCUUGUCUCAUGGCCAAUGACCCUCUAUUAUUGUGAACAGGUUUCAGAGCAUUUAUUUGUCAAUAAUUGAUUUUAGAUAUAUUUUUGCACGAUGAUUUCAAUAUUCACGCGUGAUUUCAUGUAUAGUAUUGCCAUGUUUGCAGCUACAGCCAUUAUGUAACACGUGUACAGUGUAUAUUGCUCAUGGUAAAUAUCAUGAUAAGGUAAAUUGCAUGAAAAUAAAUAAACAUAGGCUAUUUUGUAGAUUUAUCAUGUACAUUAAUUUCUUAAUGAAAAUUUUUGUAAUACAAUGCAUUUUUAAUAAUCUAAUUAAAAUUAGCUGUUUCUGUUACAGCAUCAAUGUUGUAAGAAGCAGUAGCGGAUUAAAAACAGCUAAUUUUGAUUAGAUUGAACAGUUAGAAUACUUUGUUGUUUCUACAAUUAACGGAAGAGCUCUUAGGCCAAUUGAGCUGAUCUUCUCAUUGUCAUCAUGCAAUAAGGUCGUGCAAUCUUUGUUAAUUCUCGCUUUUCCACUUUUGUAUUUGCUGUGAAAUGUAUGUUGUAAAUAAAAAAACCAUCAACAACAA